AUUAGCAGCUCCUAUAUACACAGAGACGAGACAUCGAGAGUUCAGUGUGUCCCCACCCGCGAUACAAGUACUGCGCAAGACUUGCUAGUAAACUUGACUUGGUAUUACUUUUUUAAAAGUGAUUUUACAGUGUGAUAUUGAACUUGAGUGUUGUGACUGAAUAAUCAUGUUGAUCCUAUUGAUUUGGGUGGCGGUGCUGGUCGCCGCAGUGGUGCUGUACUUCAGACAGCUGUACUCCUCAUUCAGCCGCCGUGGCGUGAAGCACGUUAAGCCAGUCCCCAUCUUCGGCAACAUGGGCGGCAUUAUAUUGCGCAUCGACCACAUCUGUGAUAGUGUUAUGAAGCUGUACAAUGACUUUCCUGAGGAAAGGUUCGUCGGUAGAUACGAGUUCGUAAACGAGCUGAUCAUGGUUCGUGACAUCGACCUCAUCAAGAAGAUUGCAGUCAAAGACUUCGAACACUUCCUCGACCAUCGCUCCAUAUUCAGCUCUAGUGAAUCCUACUUCUCCAGGAACCUUUUCUCUUUGAGAGGUAUUUGAAAACAGACAGUUUUAAACC